AUGUUCCUGGUUUUGUGUGUGACCUGUGAUUCUGAGAUACUGGACCCUGCAGCUCAAUGUCAUCUUGUAAUGAAGGAUUACACCUUUGAGUAUGAAUAUUCUCAGGAAGGAGACAUCAUUAUCGGAGGGAUCUUCACUGUACAUUCCUGGGUGACACAAUGGCGCUGGAAAGGUAGCAGAGACUACAACCGGAUGUGUUCAGGGAUUUAUCCAAGAGAAUAUACACAUCUGUUGGCUUUUCUCUUUGCUAUUGAGGCAACUAACAAGCGUUCAGAUAUUCUGCCCAAUGUCACUCUGGGAUAUCACAUAUAUGACUCUUGUGGACAUGUGAAUAAAGUUAUAAAAGAUGUUCUGCAGAUAAUGUCCAGACACACGGUGACAGCUCCAAACUACUCAUGUAUGGAGAAGGAUGCAGUGAUCGGUUUUAUUGGAGAUUUACAUUCUGAGACGACUCUCUCUAUGGCCCGGCUGUUAAGCUUAUAUGGAUACACACAGAUCAGUUAUGGAGCAAGAGAUCCUCUUCUAAGUGAUAAAAGGCUUUACCCAAACUUCUUUCGAACUGUCCCCGAUGACAAGAUACAAUAUUCAGCAUUGGUGAAGCUACUGGAGAGGUUCCAGUGGAACUGGGUUGGGAUCAUCACAUCAGAUGAUGACAGUGGACGGCAGGAGUUACAGCAGUUAAUCAAGAAGUUUACACAUCAUCAGAUUUGUGUGGAGUUCAGCAUCCUUGUAUCUCAGUAUACUUAUAAGCAUCUACCUGUAUCUUUACAGACAUCGUCCACUGAUGUUAUUAUUAUUUGUGGCACCUAUAGUAUAACUUACAUUAAGUUUUUGUACGAUGCAGUUGAUGUUCUGAAUAACAAGACUCUUAUUCUUCCAAUUUCAUGGUCACAUGCUACAGAGCUUGUACAUUAUAUAGAAGGUGGAGUUCCUGCUAAUUGCAGUUUGGUGUUUUCACCUCACAGUUACAAUAUUACUGGGAUGCAGGAGUAUUUUUCUAAAGUACAUUUUUACAAUCAACCUUCUGAUAUGUUGUUGGAAGAUAUUUGGAUGGCUGUAUUCCAAUGUUUUUCAAGAAAUAAAUUGAAGAACCUGCUUAUUCCAUAUACAUAUACCGGUAUCGCUCCUUUCCAUAACUGCUCAGGAGAGGAGCGAUUUCACGGCGACGUCUUUUAUUUUCCUUCAGACUUAACUCCUUAUCAAGUGUACAUGGCAGUCUUACUGAUGGCUCAGGCUUUACAUAAUAUAGAUAUAGCUCUUCAUAAUCAUAGGAAGCACAAUAUUUCAGUAGGUGAAUAUAAAUACAAGUUAACAGAGUACAUCAAACGACUGCACUCUCAAGAUGCUCUAAAUGGAAUGCUUAUUAAUGAGAAAGGAGAAUCGUUUUCACCUCUGUAUAUUGUAAACUGGGUAGUAAGAUUGAGGGGAUCACGUGGAAGUUCAUCAAAGACGACUGUCGGAAUAUUUGAUCCAUCACAUCCAGAUCUGCUGAAUAUUACACCAGCACGGAUAACCUGGAGACAGAACUUGAGGCCAAAAGGUCGAUGUAGUGAACUAUGUCCUCCAGGAACCAGAAAGAUUCUCAGGGAAGGACAUCACAUCUGCUGCUAUGACUGCGUCCCAUGCUCAGAAGGAGAGUUUACAAAUGUUACAGACACUGAAAAUUGCCAGAGAUGUCCUGAUCAUGAAUGGCCAAACGAAGGAAAAAACAAAUGUGUCGUCAGAGAUGAUGAGUUUUUCUCCUAUGAGACUGAUGUUCUUGCUUUAGUCUUUUCCAUCAUCUCCACAUUACUCUCUCUUAUAACUUUCUUUAUAAUUGGAAUAUUCUCUUUAUUCCAGAAAUCUCCCAUUGUCAGAGCCAAUAACCAGAACCUCAGCUUCAUUCUACUGACCUCUCUCAUGUUCAGCUUACUCUGUGUGUUUCUAUUCAUCGGUCGUCCAGUGGAUAUAACCUGCAUGCUGCAACAAAUCUGCUUUGGGAUCUUCUUCACAGUAGCUGUGUCUUCUGUCCUGGCCAAGACCAUCAUAGUCUGCAUAGCAUUCAAGGCCACCAGACCUGACAGCUCCUGGAGAAAGUGUAUGGGAGUUAAGCUUCCUUAUUCUGUAGUGUUGGUCUGUUCAUCUAUUCAGGUUCUGAAUGCACUUAUCUGGUUGUCAGUUUCUCCUCCAUAUCAAGAACUUAACCUGGAUUAUCCUAGGAAGAUUAUCCUUCAGUGUAAUGAAGGUUCCAUCUUGGCUUUUUACCUCAUGUUGGGUUAUAUGGGGUUUCUGGCGGCUUUGAGUUUUGUUCUGGCUUUUAUGGUGAGGACAUUACCUGACAUCUAUAAUGAAGCCAAGUUCAUCACCUUCAGCAUGCUGGUGUUCUGCAGUGUUUGGAUCUGUUCCAUCCCAGCCUAUCUGAGCAGUUCAGGGAAGCACAUGGUCAUCGUAGAGAUAUUUGCCAUAUUGUCCUCAGGAGGUGGAAUAUUGACCUGCAUGUUUUUACCUAAAUGUUAUAAUAUCCUGAUAAAUCGUAAAGUAAGUAGUAAAGGACAAUUGUUAGAGAAAUGUCCUCAGCAUAAAAGAAAAAAAAAAUCAUACUUAAGAGUUCAAUAA